AUGUCAGCUUUCUGCCUCAACUUGCACACAUCUACCGCCGCGAUUUCAGCACCACCCGAACUGGAAAGCGACUGCAUGGCGCACCUGCUAGAUCAGGGCAACAAAACCCCACAAGAAACGGGAGGAUUUCAGGGCCACUCGCUGCUACACACCGGCUCUGGAGGCCUCGGGAUGGCGUUGGAAGAGGAAUUGGCCAUGCUUACCGGGGAGCAGGACGACGAGGAGGAGGAGGAAGAGUUAUCCGAAUUGGAGACGCCUGUAAUGGGACAGAAUACAGACUUUUUGUUGCUCUUCCGUCAAAAAGAGAAGGACUUGGUUUUAGCUGCUAAACUCGGCAAGGCACUGCUAGAGCGAAACCAAGACCUGACUAAGCAAUAUGAGAAAAUGAACAAAGAUCUUAACGAUAAACUUGAGCACCUGGAGCAGGAGAAGCAUGAACUGCGGCGGCGGCUGGAGAACAAGGAGGGGGAGUGGGAGGACCGUGUGGCGGAGCUGGAGACAGACGUCCAGCAGCUGCAGGGAGAGCUGGAGCGCCAUCAGGUCCAGCUGAGAGAGGCCGACCGUGACAAGUCCACUGCCAUCAGGGAGUUGUCAGAGCAAAACCACCGCCUGCUGGAGCAACUCAACCGGGCUACAGAGGUGGAGAGGCAGCUGUCCACUCAGGUCCACUCGUUACGGGAUGACUUCAGAGAGAAGAGCAUCUCCACCAACCAGCACAUGACACGACUAGAGAGCCUACAGGCUGAGAUUAAGAUGCUGUCGGAGCGUAAGAGAGAGCUGGAGGAUCAGGUUAAUGCCGUACUAGAGGAAAACGAGCUACUGCAGAACACUGUUGACGACCUGAGGGAAGGGACACUAGUGCUGGAGAAACAGUACCACGAGAAGGUCUUACAGUUACGGCAGAGCCAGCUGGAGCUCCAGGAGGUACGGGUGUCCCACAGACAUCUGAGUGCCCGCUUUGAGGAGUUCACAGAGGAGAGAAGUCUCCAAGGCCUAAGCCCAAACCCUGCCAGCCUACUCUGUGAGAUAGAACAGAGCAUGGAGCAAGAGGAGCAGGAACAGGAGAGGGAGCAGCUGCGUCUCCAGCUGUGGGAAGCCUACUGCCAGGUGCGCUCUCUCGUCUCCCACCUGCGAGGCAACGACAUCACAGACUCAGCCCUGUCCACAGACUCCUCCAUGGACGAGUCCUCUGAGACAUCCUCAGCCAAGGACGUUCCCAUGGGGAGCCUACAUGCCAGUCUACUGGAGCUACGCAGACUCACACAGAACCUGCUAGACGGCAAUGAGUCCACGGGUUCUCGGCGAAGUGACGAGGAGGCUCUAGAGGACCAAGUUCGAAAGCUUGGGGAAGAGCUGAGAGGAGUGAGAGAGCUGUACGAAGCAGAGCAGGAUAGAACACGGAACAGCCAAGAAGAGGUUCUACAACUCCAUAAUCAGAUUGCGAUGCUUUCUGUGGAGAUGUGCUCUGUACAGGAGGAGAGUGAGCGUAUGAGGGCCAUGUCUGAAGCACGAGACCCCAGUGAACAGCUCCAAAGUGCUAUACAAGACCGAGACGACGCUAUUUCCAAGAAGAAAGUGGUGGAGACGGAGCUGGCCAAGUGUAAGAUAGAUAUCAUGUCUCUGAACAGCCAGCUCCUGGACGCCAUCCAGCAGAAGCUGAACCUAUCACAGCAGCUGGAGGCCUGGCAGGAUGAUAUGCACAGUAUGAUUGAUCAGCAGCUCAUGGAAAAGCACCAGGAGGAGUGGAGGGUGACCCCCUACUCCCUCGCUGGGUCCUCCGGGGGCCCCUCCGGCCAGUCCUCCAGACGAGCCCAUCGCCUCUCCGAUGGAGACAAGCGGCUCUUUUCCUUCUUCAAAAAGAACUGA